ACCCAAAUUAAACUAAUUGUAUAACCAUAAAGAAACAGAAACUUAAUCAGUUAUGAUUUUUGAAAAUUUUAAACCACAAUUAAUAUUAAUUUUUUGUUCCAUCGUGUAUAUUGCCAAUUCAAAUGAUCGAGGAAAACGAACUCUUUGGAAUCUUUUUGGUGGUCCAGGAGCUGGUGGUCCAAUCGGCGGAGGUGGAAAUGGACUUUCGUUACCUUUUCCGUUUCCCUUUGGCCAUGUGAACAUGAGGAAUCCGGCCUAUCCAUUUUUCCCUAAUUCGGUUUCAGAUUGUCCAACGGGUGAUGGAAAUCGAACCGGAAUUUGUGUGUCCAAUUCAUUUGAGUGCCGAAGACGGGGUGGCCGUGCUCUUGGUAACUGUUAUGCUACACCAAUCAGUGGAUCGGGAGGUAAUCAAAGGCCAGAUAAUUCGGGCAUCGGCUUCGGAUCAGGCUACAAUCCCGGGAUUCCUGUUGGUGUUUGUUGUUUCCUUCAGGUUACCUGUGGUGGAUCAAUACUUUACAAUGGAACCUAUUUUCGUAAUCCAAAUGCUCCAUCACCUUAUACCGAUUCGCGGCCAUGUUCAGCUCAGAUCAGUAAUUUAAAGCCCGACAUUUGUCAGAUUAGAUUAGACUUCUUAAUCUUUAGCUUAUCUCAGCCCACUCAAGGUGAAUGUGACAAGGACAGAUUCGUGGUCAAUGGUCAAAUACAAAAUGAUGUCCUUCCACCAAUGUGUGGGGUCAAUUCUGGUCAACACAUUUAUAUUGACGUUGCUGGUACACAAGGUCCAGUGAGUUUAAAUUUCAUCACCACUGGUCAUCGGAGUAGACAAUUUGAUGUUAGAGUUACUCAGAUCCAGUGUCACUCUCCAUACCGAGCUCCUGCUCAUUGCUUACAAUAUCAUUACGAUGUUGUAGGUCGGAUCAUGUCACUUAAUUUUGACCUUUACAACGAUGGCAACACUUAUUUCAACAAUUUAGAUUAUACAAUUUGCUUUCGUAAAGAACCAGGUUUCUGUACAAUGACCUAUUCCGUUCCGUCCGAGAGAGAUCCCGAUGAAGAGCCAGAGACAAAUAAACCAUCCAGGCCAAGUUCAGUGUUCCGUUACUUUGAAAUUCAACCAGAAUCUAAAACCUCUGAAGCACCAGGAGCGGGAAUCGUUAAAUGUCCAUCCGAUUACCUGAUGAUCGGCGGAAUCCGUUUUUGCGGUGGUCGGUUGAAUGCCAACGUUUUCGCCAAUAACCCGUCAGGAGAUACCGACGUAACUGAUAACAGCACUGGUCCAAUUUUCGCUCGAUUCGUUAGCGAUGGUAAAGAAGUGAAAAGAGGAUUUUUCCUUAAUUAUCGUAUGAAUCCUUGUUUCAUUGGUGGUUAAUCACAAUUAGAAAUCACAAUUAAAGUCCUAAUUCAAUUCUAAUUACAAUCUAAUCCAAAAGGAACCACUAAUUUAAUUACAACAAUAACAAUCCCAUGAGGUGUUAAUGUGUAAAUGAUAUUUUUUUAUGAUAAAUUAUAAUAUAAAAUAUUUGAUUAAUUACGGAUGUUAAUUGUUGUUAAACUAUCAUUUAAAUUGUUCACCAAUUAUCUUAACUAAUCAAUAAGUUCAACAUUGAAAAUCAACAAUAAUUGUUGAUUUUUUCAUCUCUCAAAAUUGGCAACAAUUAUCUAAUUGUUACAUAAUUGAUUUCCAAUUAGUUGCAAUUAAAUUGUUUAUUUUUGAUAAGUAUUGAUUAUAUUAUAUUAGUUAAUCAACUUCCUUCCUUUCAUAAUCAGUUAAUUGUUUAACCAUUAUUAUUAACUUUACUUUUUAUCAUCUUAAUUGUCUCAAAUGAACUUAAUCAAAUAUAGUUGAUCAUUUAACACUUUCCUGGGACAAUUAACUUUGUUUAUUUAAAUCAAACUGUGAGAGGUUAAAAAUUGUUAAUUGUCAAUAGGAAAAUUCAAUGGGAAAGGGAAACAACAAUUUCUGAUUGUUAAUUAUGAUGAUGAUCAUAAAAAAAAUAUCAACAAUUAAGGUUAACUGUGAUUAAGUAGUAAUAAUAGAAAAAGUCAGAACAAUUAAAUGACAGUAAUUAGCUAAAUUUACUGAUAAACUGUUAAUUGUUGCUUCCUGGUUUGUGAUCAAUUUUUUCUGCAAAUAAACUGUGACUUUAGAUCACAAUUUAGAUAAUUAAAUCAACAUCUAAUCACGAAUGAUUGAACAUUAUGAUUAAAUUAACUUGAAUUUAGGUUUCAAGUUAUAAUCUAAUUUGAUUUGUUUGAUAAUCAAUUUGCUUAAUUGCUUGAGAAUAGUUAGUUGAUUCAAUUAGAUUAUCCUUCCCAUUCAAGGUUUUUAAUUGUCUCCCAUUUUACUUAAUCAAAGUUAAUUUGCGUAUUGAUUGUUAAUUGAUUAAUAAACUAAUCAUUCAACAGGUAACAUAAAAUAAUAACGUUUUUAAUUAAUAUUUACUUUUGUAAUUGACUGAUCACAAUUUAAGCAAUUUAACUUUGAUUGUUAGUUUAUCUUUUUGUUUGUGUUGAUCAAACUUAUUCAAUUUGAUUGCAUUAAAUUUACUAAUUAUUACAAUUAAGUUUUGAUUGUUAUGGUACAUAAUUAAAAAUACAAUU